UAAUAUAAAAUGUCAUUUUUACGAGUAAGUGGAAAAGUCUGACGAAAUUGUGCAAUAAUUUAAAAUUUAGUCCCAGUGCGUAUAUAACAGUGCUACAACGACAGUACUUACACAAAAUAAAAAUGUCGCAUAGAAGUUUAAUGGAUUUUAUAGUGAAAUAUCACAAGCCACGUUUACUAAAUAACCUAGUGUUUUUCCCAAGUCAUGGAAAUUCGUACUUUGGAAGACGCUUGAUGAUUCCUAUAGCUCCGCUAUCCACAUCAACACCUUUGUCGACACCUAAGAUUCAGUCUCCUAGAAACUUCAGUACUACAAUAUCAAGGUUCAGUGAAGCACUUCCUAGUGAGCCGAAGUCAAAAUACGAAGGCAAAUUCCAAUUAAUGUUCACAUGUAAAAAAUGCACCACAAGAAAUACAAAAUUCAUCACCAAAUUAGCAUACUAUAAGGGGGUCGUAAUAGUGAUUUGUGAUGGCUGCGAGAACAAGCAUCUAAUAGCUGACAACCUGAAUUGGUUCUCAGAUAUGAAUGGGAAGAAAAACAUUGAAGAUAUAAUGGCAGAAAAAGGUGAAACGGUACAAAAGAUAAUGUCUGAAGACCUAGAAUUCAUUGCAAUGGGAAUGGUCCAAGAGAAGCCAGAUGAAAAACCUGUACAAAUUGGUUGAAUAACAUAGCCUCAAUUCGUUACAAUUUUUGUAAUAGUUUAUUUAUAUAUGAUUUGUAAUUUAAAUAGGAGUUUAUUUUUAAGUAUGUAUAAUA